AUGGUGAUCUUUGGAAUGCCUUUGUUUUCCUCUCACCUCCGUCAGCUGGUCUUCGGUUCCCAUCUGUGUGCAGACACAUAUCGUGGCUUCUACCUGACGAAUGGCCAUCCGAACGAUGCUGAAAAGUGGGAGAAGGUGAAAGCCUUCUCGGACCUGACGGCGGAACAAGUCGAGGACCUCGUUGAUUGUGGUUUCAUUCCAGGAACCUACAAAGGCUACUGGCCCAACGUGUGCCAGUUUUGCUUCUUCAGCUUGCUGACCAACACUGGAAAGACGGUGCAAACAACCCUACAGGGCUUGAUUGGCACCUUCAUCGCUACUGUGAACGUUUGGGUGCUCUAUGAGAUCUUUCCCAGUGGCUGCUUGAUGGUUUGUCCAGAUGGCAUGGACAAGUGCGAUGCUUCCGAGAUGGUCUACAAGGAUCCCAACUACAUCCCCGCCAUUGCAUGGAUUGAAGCGCCUUUGUUUGCUUUGUUCUGGAUCCUGAGCAAAGCACCUGUGAACAUGGUGAUGUUCCUGGUCUCCUAUCACGUUUUCUUCAUGUCCAACUUUUUGAAUCCCUCAUUCACUGGGCUGGGUGGCACCAUCCCUAUGGGCUUCCUGGAUCUCUACUGGGAUUCCCAGACGACCAUCAUCAAUCUCACGAGUCUGCUGGGUGGUUUCUUAGCCAUCCUCGCGACACUGAUCCCGAAGCCUCUGCUAAACACCAAGGCGUUGCAAGAGAACGCCAUCAUUGCUGUGCAGGGUAUGACGAAUGCCUGGGACGAUUCCAUCAACUACUUCUGCGGCGAGAGCCAAAGCGCCAUGAGGCACUCCAUUGGCUCAAAGAUGGACGCCAUCAAAGGAGCCUUCGAUCGUACCGAGGACAGCAUCAAUGGAGCGUGGUUUGAACACUUCGACGUGGCCCACUGGGGAGUGGCUCGACAGCUCUUCCGCCUCUUUGUGGAGGAGGGGCGCAAUAUGAACCAAGUGCUCCAAAUCUCCAAGACGGCAAUGGUGCGUGAGGACUUCCAAGGCCAACACGUGACAUUUGCUCGCGGCAUUCGAGAUGACAUGAAGCGUUGCAACGAUGCCACCACGACGCUCUUCACCCAUUGCUGCAAGUGCUGCGUGGACGGUCAGCUGGACAAACAGGAACGAGAUGAUUUGAAGAACUACUUGGAAGAGGCGAAGCGCAUGGAGAGGCAGUUGGCCAAGACUUUCAGGCAGACCAUGGAAGGGCAGCCGUACGUUUCUGAGGAUUUGGCGAAUGAGAACUGCUUCAUCUACGGCUUUGCAGCGUACGUCAAGACCGUCGUGGACUUUGCGGAAAGCCUGCCCACUGUUGCAGAUGAGUUUGGGCAAUCGAAGUGCAAGAACUUCUGCGAGAAUCUGUGUGGGUCGAUUGCGGACAUGUUUUCCUGGAAUUUGAUCAAAAACCCAGAUAACCUGAAGUUCUCCUUCGUGAACUUCCUUCCAAUCGUUCUGACCUUCAUGAUCGCGUACUUUGCAGAUUCAGAUGUUGAUCACCUGUUUGUGCCCCAUGCGGCCCUGAUGCCUGGAACCUUGGCUUUGAUCAUUACCGCCUCGUAUGGCUCUACCUUCAAAGGCAACAUCGAUCGUUUGAUUGGACUGGUGCUGGGCAAUGUGAUCCCAUUGCUGGUCUUGGCUGUUGUCUUCUCGUUUGACUGUGCCUCUUGGAUGCGUACCGUGACGCAAAGUGUCUUGGUGUUCUUGUACUUCUUGACCUUCUCUUACGUCUACUACUCCUCCAAGAACUGGGGCUUUGUCGGCUGCGCCCUGUGCGGAUUCGGAGCCUACCCCUUGAUGGUUUCAUGUGACGCAUCCGGCACUGGCGAACUUGGUUUCAACUACCACAUGAGAAGCAACUACAAAAUCAUCGGACAAACCACCGUGGCCAUCCUGAUGCGUAUGUUGAUCGAGACCCUCUUCCUGGACCACGCCCCCCGUGACCUGGCCGUCAAGGCGAUGAAGGAUUUGCUGGAGACCAUUGAGGAUUGCUAUGAGGAAUUCUUCAAGGGCGACUAUGAGGCCAUGAAGCAAAAGCACGACCAGGUCGAGGGUAUGGCUGCCAUUUGCCAGAAGUUCUAUGGCGACACUGCUCC